UUUAACACUAAACCGGUAAAGUACGUAGUUAGUACGUACCACCUGGAGAGACACGUUUUUCAUUUUAUAAUUCGAAAUUUUCUUUCAGUAAUUAUUUAUUUUAGCACGAGGGAGGAUUACGUUCCAUCACCCGUGAAGGUUCGAGGCGCCUGUCUCUUGACGAGAAUGAGCGUUACGCCUGCUCGCCGUUUGUCGAUACGCGCCCUCUAGGUAUGGAGUACGAAAACUCCACAGCGGGCAGUUCACUAUUUCAGUAGUUAACCCAAUGCUCAGUGGAAGUGUGACUGCGACUUUGCAUCAGUGUUGCCUUGUUGGGUCGGCGGUGCUCCCCAUGAAGAUGGUGACUGGCCCUUGGACGGGGGCAGUUUUAGGGAAUUCCACAGCCUCGCUUUGCCUCUGUUGCACCCUCCUAUUUGGUAAUGGAUCUUUGUUCUUUUUCUUUUCCUUUUUAUUUCAUUAUUUCAUUACUUCAUUACUUCAUUAUUUUUUAAUCUAUUUUUCCUUCUCGAAAACCGAAUUGAUCCUCUUAUAUAAUCCGUUCGUUAUGAGUCUUGUUGCAUUGCAUUGAUUAUUGAGGGUUAUUAUUAGGAGCCGUUGAUGGGGAUAUUAAUAUAGAAAAAAAAGUAUUAAAAUAAAAAUGGUUGAAUUAAUAUGAGAAUGAUCCUCCGACGUAAUGCGUCGGAUUUUCUUCAUUUCUCUUUAUUCUCCCUUGUGCUAUUAUUAUCGUUAUGAAUAGGGAUCAGUGCAGAAUCCAAACAAUGGAGCUUGCUUGUUGUUGUUGUUAGUACUAGUAAUAGUAAUCGUAGUAUUUAAGAGUGAAAAAUAAAGGGCUUGGAGAAGGGGGAAAAUAAAUGAAAAAAAAAAAAAAAAAGAUAUACAAAAUAAUUAUU